GGAUGGAUCAUAGACAAACAACAAGCGAGCUAUCUAGCUAGCUAGGAACACUAAUUAGAGGAGGAAGAUCGAUCACUUAGCUUGCUCAAGUAGCUAGCCAUGGAAGUCGCCUUCUCCUCCCUUAGUCUCCUCCUCUCAUUCUUCGUUGUCAUCUUCUUCAUUGUACGCUCGAGGGGGAAGGGAGGCGAUGAUGCACCUCUCCCUACGGGGCCGCGUGCGUAUCCGCUGAUCGGAAACGUGCACCUCCUUGCCGGGGGUGUCCCGCACCACACCCUCGCUGACUUGGUGCGCGAGCACGCGAAAGGACCGCUCAUGCGCCUGCGUCUCGGGCAGGUUGACUGCUUCGUGGCGUCCACCCGAGAGGCGGCGCAGGAGAUCGCUAAGCACCAGGACUUGAACUUCGCCUACCGCCCCAAGAUGACCUUCGGCCAGUUCUUCGCCUACGGCAACCGCAAUGUCUCCCUCUCCCCCUACGGCGAAUACUGGAAGCAGCUGAGGAAGAUCUACGCCAUGGAGAUGAUGAGCCCCGCCCGCGUCAAGUCCUUCUUCUCCACCAGGGAGGUGGAGUACCGCACCCUGGUGAGAGACAUCUCUGUCUCCGGCGCGUCGGGCCAGACGCCCAUCAACAUCAGUGCUAUGCUGAUAUCCACAGUCAGCACCAUCAUCGUCAAGUGUGCGUUCGGGAACAAGGGCGAGAAACUCCAGCGCCAGUUCCUGAGCUUGGUGAAGGAGACGCUGAGCUUGAUCACCAGCUUUGCGGUGGCCGACAUGUUCCCUUCGCUCGGGUUCGUGGACUCUCUCACCGGUUUGACCUACAGGUUGGGUCGGGUUCACCAAAAGCUCGACCGGAUGUUUAAUGAAAUAAUUGCGUUGCAUGAGGACGUGGAAGCCGAGAAGCAGGACCUCAUCGAUGUGCUUCUCCAGCUUAGAGACCAAGGAGAGGACAUCACACUCGAAAGCAUCAAGGCAAUCAUCCUGGAAGUAUUCCUCGCAGGGAGCGAGACGACAUCGACAACCAUCGAAUGGGCGAUGUCAGAAAUGAUUAGGAAACCCGAGACGUUAGAGAAAGCACAGAAGGAAGUGAGGCAAGUUCUCGACGGAAGGACAAAGAUCACGGAGAAAGAUCUGGAGAAGCUCACGUACCUGAAGAUGGCGAUCAAGGAGACGCUGAGGCUACACCCGUCGGUGCCCUUACUGCUGCGCGAGUGUCAGGAAACAUGCCUGGUACUGGGAUACAAAGUGCCUGCCGGAACUCGAGUGAUCAUCAACGGAUAUGGGUUGGGCCGCGACGAGCGGUACUGGGUCGACGCUGAGGAUUUCAGGCCGGAGAGGUUCGCCGACGGCUCUUUGGACUACAAGGGCAAUAACUUUGAAUAUUUGCCAUUUGGCUCAGGCCGAAGGGUCUGCCCUGGCAUGAACUUCGGGAGUGCAUCCGUGGAGAUAGCCCUCACUCAUCUCCUCUACUACUUCGAUUGGAAGCUUCCCAAAGGAAUGAAGCCGGAAGAUGUGGACAUGAGAGAGACUGCCGGCAUUGCUACUCAAAGGCUCUCGCCUCUCUUCAUGCUUGCUACCCCUGCAGUUCCUCUUCCUUAAGCUUCACCUACGUACCUAACUGAUCUAUCAUCUAGCUACAUAUAAAGUACUUGAGUUAUUAUAUAUAUGUGUGAUUCAGUUAUGUUGAAUGUUUUAAGUUGUAAAACCGAAUGGGUCGUAUGAGACCCAUUUAUUUUAUGUUAUAUGCCAUGUAUCGAUGAAUAAGAGAAAUCAUAAUCUCUACGUAUUUUUGAAAA